AUGACUUUCAAAGCCAUAAUUCUCGUCGGUGGACCUUCGCGCGGCACACGUUUUCGCCCGUUGUCACUCGAUUGUCCUAAAACGCUCUUCCCUGUUGCGGGCCACCCUGUCAUCUGGCACCAUUUAGAAGCCUUGUCCAGAGUCGAUGGCUUGCGAGAAGUACUGUUGAUUGGCUUUUUUGAGGCUUCAGUCUUUGAAAAUUUCUUAUUUGAUGCUACUAGAAAAUUCGGUGACAAGUUUCAUAUUCGAUACCUUCGAGAGUAUCGGGCUUUGGGCACUGCUGGAGGAAUUUAUCAUUUCCGAGAUGAGAUUCAAAGAGGAGACCCACAGCAUUUGUUUGUUCUCAAUGCGGAUGUUGCGUGCAGUUUCCCGUUGAAUGAGAUGAUGAAUUUUCACACUACCCAUCGAGGCCUGUGUACAAUACUUGGGACCAAGGUUCCCCCAGAGGAUGCGCAUAGAUUCGGAUGCCUAGUUGCUAAACCAGGUAGUAACGAAGUAUUACAUUACGUAGAAAAGCCCGAAAGCUUCAUUUCUGAUUUGAUCAGUUGUGGAAUUUAUCUUUUUGAUGUCGCCAUAUUUAAUACGAUGAAGGAGGCAACGCAAAACAAAGCUUCACAGAUUGCUUUGGACCCAUAUACGGACAACGACGAUAAACUACAAUUGGAGCAAGAUCUAUUACGAUCGCUUGCAGAGUUGCGCAAAUUGUAUGUCUUUGAGACUAAAGACUUUUGGCGACAGAUAAAGACUCCAAGUUCAGCUGUCCCUGCAAAUGCUCUUUAUCUUGAACAAUAUGCCAAGACAUUCCCCGAACGGUUGGCUAAAAGUGAAUCUGGUGGUCCACAAAUAGUUGGUGCUGUCUACAUUCAUCCUACAGCAGUCGUUGAUCCUCGCGCUAAGAUUGGCCCAAAUGUAACAAUUGGCCCUCGAGUAGUCAUCGGCAAAGGCGUUCGAAUCAAAGAUUCUAUUAUUCUGGACAAUGUUGAAAUCAAGAAUUUUGCAUGCGUUCUUCAUUCUAUCAUUGGGUGGGACUCUAAAAUUGGUACUUGGACGAGAAUCGAAGGAACGCCCGUGAUAAAUCAUCAAACCAUCAUUACGCAUAACGGUGUUAAAGUCCAAAGUAUUGCUAUUCUUUCCAAGGAUGUUACCGUGAAAGACGAAGUCGUAAUCAGAAAUUGUACCGUAUUGCCUCACAAGGAAUUGAAGAGCAGUUGUCAUAACGAGAUUUUGAUGUGA